AUUGAUUGAAUUAAUUGUCAUAAAAAGGAAUAAAAAAUAUCUAAUAGAAACAGUUUUUUUAGUCAAUUUUAAUUUUCUUAAAUUGAUUUACUUUUAAAGUUAGAUAUAUGAACAUUGAACAUUCAAGUGUUAACGUGCGGUUUUACAAAGUAGUUGGUGAAUGUCAUUCUCUCACUCUCACAAUGCACUCGCAAUCAAAUCUCAACUCUGCUCCUUGGCACGUAACAACCCAUUCCUCGCCAAGAAACUCCACGCACAAAUCAUCAAAACCGGUCUCAACCAACACAACCUCUUCCACAAAACUCUCAUAGACACGUACGGCAAAUGUGGUCUUCUUCAAGAUGCACUCCAACUGUUCGACGCAUUGCCUCACAGAGACCACGUUGCUUGGGCCACAAUCCUCUCCGCCUGCAACCUCUCCAAUCUCCCACACCGAGCUAUCUCUCUCUCACGCUCCAUUCUCCAUGAAGGGUUUCAACCAGAUCACUUCGUUUUCUCUUCCCUCAUCAAAGCAUGUGCUAACUUGGGUUCUUUUCAUAUCAAACAAGGGAAACAACUCCAUGCUCGUUUCUUGCUCUCACCUUUCUCGGAUGAUGACGUUGUUAAGUCUUCUCUUGUUGAUAUGUAUGCUAAAUUUGAGUUGCCCGAUUAUGGGCGUGCUGUUUUUGAUUCAAUUUAUUCGUUGAAUUCGAUUUGUUGGACUGCAAUGAUAUCUGGGUAUGCACGAAGUGGACGAAAGGCUGAGGCUUUUCGAAUGUUUCGUCAAUCUCCAUUUAGAAAUUUGUAUGCUUGGACUGCUUUGAUAUCUGGGUUGGUUCAGAGUGGGAAUGCAAAUGAUGCACUUUACUUGUUUGUUGAAAUGAGGCGUGAAGGGAUUAGUAUAACUGACCCUCUAGUUCUUUCAAGUGUGGUGGGUGCUUGUGCUAAUUCAGCUGUUUGGGUGCUUGGGAAACAGAUGCAUAGUGUUGUUAUAACACUUGGAUAUGAGUCUUGUUUAUUUAUAAGCAAUGCACUUGUGGAUAUGUAUGCCAAAUGCAGUGACCUUGUUGCUGCAAAAUGUAUAUUCAAUAAGAUGAGAAGAAAGGAUGUUGUUUCUUGGACUUCAAUAAUUGUUGGCACUGCUCAGCAUGGGCUGGCUGAGGAGGCGUUGGCUUUGUAUGAUGACAUGGUUUUGGCUGGUGUUAAGCCAAAUGAGGUGACUUUUGUUGGCUUGAUCUAUGCCUGCAGUCAUGUUGGUUUAGUUAGCAAGGGUCGUGCUUUGUUCAAGUCUAUGGUUGAAGAUUUUGGAAUUAGGCCAUCUUUGCAGCACUAUACUUGUUUGCUGGAUCUUUUUAGUCGAUCGGGGCACCUUGACGAGGCAGAGAGGAUUGUCAGAACAAUGCCGGUCAAACCUGAUGAACCUACUUGGGCUGCUUUACUCAGUGCUUGUAAGCAUCACGGUAACACUCAGAUGGCAGUUAGGAUUGCUGAUCAUCUGUUGGAGUUAAUACCAGAAGACCCUUCCUGCUACAUAUUGUUGUCUAAUGUAUAUGCCGGAGCUGGUAUGUGGGAGAAUGUUUCAAAGGUGCGGAAGUUAAUGGCGGUCAAGGAAGUUAAAAAGGAGCCAGGUUAUAGUGGCAUUGACUUGGGAAAGGAAAGCCAGGUAUUUUACGCCGGAGAGACAUCUCAUUCAAUGAAGGAUGAGAUGCUAGGUUUAUUGAGGAAAUUAGAUGCAGAGAUGAGGAAAAGGGGUUAUGUUCCUGAUACUAGCUCAGUUUUACACGACAUGGAUCAACAAGAGAAGGAAAAACAACUUUUCUGGCACAGUGAGAGGUUAGCUCUGGCCUAUGGACUUCUUAAGGCUGUUCCGGGGACUAUUAUACGCAUAGUGAAAAAUCUUCGUGUUUGUGGAGAUUGUCACACUGUGCUGAAGCUCAUCAGCACUAUAACAAGUAGGGAAAUUUAUGUACGAGAUGCCAAAAGAUAUCACCAUUUUAAGGAUGGGAAUUGUUCAUGCAAUGACUUCUGGUGAAUUGGGAGAAAUUUCCACAGGUUCGACUUUGAUCCAAGGCCCUUACUAUGAAGAAUGCUAGUCUGUCAUGUUUUGAUGCUUGUUGCCUAUGGUUUUCUGACCCGUAGUCAUCCCUUGUAAUUUUUUGGUUUUAGAAAUCUCCUUUUCCCUCUCUGAUAUCCACUAUUGAGCUGGCUUUCAACACCAGUUGGCAAGUGAUCUACUUUCAUCAAGGAUGAGACAAUGGAUUUUAUAUUGAGCUGUGAGGUGUCAAACACCACAUUACAUGCUAUCAAGGGCCACAUUGGGUGUUUAAUAUGUUCUCGGAACCAGGCUUAUUAUGUUAUGGACUUAUGGGGAAGAAAGACUGAGAAGAGCAUCAAAAUUUAGGAACAAGUUUUUACUCUGAAUCAAGGAAUCACUAUCAGUAUUGUUUGGUUUUCUAUAUUUCCUCCCAUCAGCUGCAUAAUAUUCCGAGUAUUUCUUGAAAAGAAUUGGUGAGGUGGAAGAAUUUCACCAGUUUCAGAAUCUACAACUUUGAAUUCUGUAUGCUUGAUUGGAUACCCCACAGAUCCAAUAACCUUUAAAAGAUAGCAUUUGAAGCAUUUUCAGAUAAGAGCACUACUAUUUGCAUUCUCAAAUUACAAACUAAUUUAAAGAAUGCAAAUUAUGUAAUUAUUAUGAAUACCAAACUCUAGAUAGAGACUCGUGAAGAAAGGUGUACAGUGUGUUUAUAAUUAACAUGUUAUGUAGAAUGGAUGGAUGACUUUUGAAAAGAAAAAUAUAUUAAGUAGGCAUGUCCAGACCUAAUUUAUUAGGACUCUCA